AUGGCAGCUUUCAACCUCACCACAUCUGACCCUUCAACAUUUAUCCUAUUGGGCAUCCCUGGCCUAGAAGCUGCCCAUAUCUGGAUUUCCAUCCCAUUCUCUAUGUUUUACAUUAUUGGCCUGUUUGGAAAUUUCAUGCUUUUGUUUGUUGUAGGCAAAGAGGAGACCCUGCACAGGCCGAUGUACCUGCUGCUCUUCUUGCUGGCUCUCACAGACAUUGGCACCUCUACCUCCAUUGUGCCAAAGGCACUGUUUAUAUUUUGGUUCAAUUUCAAGGGCAUUACUAUGGCUGGCUGCCUCACCCAGAUGUUUUUCCUUCAUGCAGUUUCUAUUAUGCAGUCAGCCGUCCUCGUGACAAUGGCCUUCGAUCGCUAUGUUGCCAUAUGUAGUCCUCUGAGUUAUGCCACCAUCCUCACCAAUGCACGAAUAGCAAAGCUAUGGCUUUUGGGUUUGAUAAGACCUGUUCUCCUCAUGCUGCCCCUGCCUCUGCUUCUGAGCAGGCAACCAUUCUGUGCCAACCACAUUAUCCCCCACACAUACUGCGAGCACAUAGCUGUGGCAAAGAUGUCAUGUGAGGACACCACUGUCAACAGGACAUACAGCUUAGUGAUGGCAUUUCUAGUAGUUGGGUCAGAUCUGACACUGGUUGCCCUGUCCUAUGGUCUGAUCAUCAGGGCUGUCCUCAAAAUCUCCUCCAAGAAAGCCUACAUGAAAGCUUUCAACACCUGCACAGCCCACAUCUGUGUGAUGAUGACAUCUUUUACUCUCUUCUUUUUCUCCACUCUGACACACCGGUAUGGUCAGCGUAUCACUCCCCACGUUCACAUCAUCUUCGCCAACCUCUUCUUCCUCAUCCCCCCCAUGCUCAACCCGAUCAUUUAUGGGGUCAAAAACAAAGCGCUUCAUGACAAAGUGAUCAAAUACAUCUGCAGAAGGUGA